AUGGGGACUGGUAAGAAGGAAAGAAACCGGCUGGUCCGGCAGGGCAAGUCGGGUUCGGGCAUGGACAAUCUUAAAGUUAAGGGCGAGAACUUUUAUCGUUCCGCGAAAAGAGUCAAGGCUUUGAACAUACGGAAGGAUGAAGGAAAACCCGUACGAAAUGCUGAUGGUAGAAUCAUCCAAGCUGCCAAAUACCAGUCUUGGGAUGCACCGACAGCUCGCGUCGAGCCCAAUAGGAAAUGGUUUACCAACACUCGAGUCAUCUCGCAAGAUUCCCUCACAGCAUUCCGCGAUGCUAUGGCCGAGAAAGCGAAAGACCCUUACCAAGUCCUACUAAAGACAAAUAAGCUUCCUAUGAGUCUUAUCAGAGAUAACUCGGAUACGAAGAAUGGCUUGAAGCUGCAUAAGGCCAAGAUGACUAUCGAGAGCUCGCCGUUUGCUGAUGCCUUCGGUCCGAAAUCUCAGCGCAAAAGAGUCAAGCUGGGUGUAUCUAGCUUAGAAGACUUGGCUGAUGACACUGAGAAGAGCAUGGACACAUAUAAGGACCACCUCGAGCAAUUGAAGCUAUUGAGUGGAAAUUCGGGGGUUGAUCUCGAAGGACCUAGCGAGGGCCAACCUGAUAACGAGGGCGCCCUCACUUUGGCUAUCGAACCGAUUUUUAGCAAGGGGACCAGUAAGCGCAUAUGGAAUGAGUUAUACAAAGUUCUUGACGCUUCGGACGUUAUUAUCCACGUAUUAGAUGCCCGCGACCCUCUGGGAACUCGAUGUCGUAGUGUCGAGAAAUACCUAAGAGAAGAGGCACCGCACAAGCACCUCAUAUUCGUAUUAAACAAGACCGACUUGGUACCUACGAGCGUGGCUGCUGCUUGGGUUCGAAAUCUCUCUACCGACUAUCCUACCCUUGCUUUUCACUCAAGCGUGACCAACCCGUUUGGCAAAGGUUCCCUUAUUCAGCUUCUUCGUCAAUUCUCGCAAUUGCACAAGGAUCGGAAGCAGGUAUCAGUCGGAUUAAUAGGUUAUCCCAACGUCGGAAAGUCGUCUAUCAUCAAUACCCUACGUGGAAAGAAGGUCGCCACUGUAGCUCCUAUCCCCGGAGAGACCAAAGUUUGGCAAUAUGUUACCUUGAUGAAACGGAUAUAUCUUAUAGACUGCCCCGGUGUGGUUCCUCCCAAUCAGAGUGAUACGCCUCAGGAUAUCCUACUUCGCGGCGUGGUUCGUGUUGAGAUGGUAGAGCAACCCGAACAGUACAUUCCUGCAUUGAUGGCAAAAGUCAAGCAGCAUCAUAUGGAACGAACGUACGAAAUCAAGGGGUGGAACGACCAUAUUCACUUUUUGGAGCUUCUUGCCCGAAAGGGUGGCCGUCUAUUGAAGGGUGGAGAGCCGGAUGUUGAUGGAGUUGCUAAGAUGGUAAUAACAGACUUCAUGAGGGGCAAGAUCCCGUGGUUUACCCCUGCACCUAUUGUGGAAGGGGACCACGGGAAAGGCGUUGAAGGACGCCGAGGUAGACUCGGAGAGAUGCCGAAGAAACGAAAGAGGGAAGACUUGGAGAGCGUCCCGGAUACAACCGUGGCUGCAUCAGCUACGUCCGUUGGGGAGCAAGCGAGUGCAAGCGAGGACGAAGAAGAGUUUGAAGGUUUCAGCAGCGACGACGACCAGUCAUCGGAUGAUGAAGCUGCAGCUGGCCGUGGAGAUGAAGAAGAUGAUAUGAUACCCCUGGAUGAGCUGAGCGAUAUUGAUGAUAGCGACGGCAGCGAAGACGAAGGAUGA